CCUAAUAAUUCUAAUGACAAGUGGAGUAGAGAGCAUUAAGAAGCUGCUUAUUUCACAGAAACACUCAUCUUAAUUUCAUUUUGCUUUAUAUUUCUUCAUCUUAUAAUUAUCACACCUACACAUAGUUUGUGUUUUCUUCUUAGACAUCCAUGGCAUCUUCUUCUUCUUCUUCUUUUGCGAGUGAUUCACAAUAUUGUCCGCGAUGGAAGUAUGAUGUCUUUUUAAGUUUUAGAGGUGUCGACAGUCGGAGAACAUUUACAGGUCACUUGUACGAAGGUUUGAAAAACAGGGGAAUAUUCACCUUUCAAGACGAUAAAAGGCUAGAGAAUGGCGAUUCCAUCCCAGAAGAACUCUUGAAAGCUAUCGAAGAGUCUCAAGUUGCCCUUGUCAUUUUCUCAAAGAAUUAUGCUACAUCGAGGUGGUGCUUGAAUGAAUUAGUGAAGAUCAUGGAAUGCAAGGAAGAAAAUGGACAAAUAGUCAUACCAGUCUUCUAUGAUGUGUAUCCAUCAGAAGUUCGGAAGCAAACAAAGAGCUUUGCAGAAGCCUUUGCCAAACACGAAAAGAAGUAUAACAAUGAUAUUGAAGGAAUACAGAAGGUGAAAGGAUGGAGGACUGCUCUAAGUCAUGCCGCGGAUCUAAAAGGUUGUAAUAUUCAUGACAGGAUUGAAUCAGAAUGUAUUCGAGAACUUGUUGACGAUGUUUCUUCCAAAUUAUGCAAGACUUCUUCAUCUUAUUUGCAAGAUAUUGUGGGAAUAGAUACUCAUUUGGAGGAAGUAAAAUCCCUACUAGAGAUGAAAACUGAUGAUGUCCGGAUUUUGGGGAUCUGGGGAAUGGGGGGAGUCGGUAAAACGACUAUAGCAAGAGUUGUUUUUGAUACACUCUCACCUCAAUUUCAGGGUGCAAGUUUCCUUGCAGAUGUAAAAGAAACCAACACUAAUGAAAUGCAUUCUCUACAAAAUAUCCUUCUCUCUGAACUGUUAAGGGAAGAAAAAAAAUAUGUGAAUAGUAAGGAGGAAGGGAAGCGUCUGAUGGCUCAUAGACUUCGUUUUAUGAAGGUUUUAGUUGUGCUUGAUGACAUUAAUCAUCAUGAUCAUUGGGAGUAUUUGGCAGGGGAUCUUAGUUGGUUUGGCAGUGGCAGCAGAAUUAUUGCAACAACUAGAAACAAGCAAAUUAUAGGGAAGAAUAAUGUAGUACAUGAAGUGACUACACUACUCAAACAUGAUGCUAUUCAAUUGUUCAAUCAUUAUGCUUUCAAGGGCGAAGCUCCAGAUGAGCAUAUUAAGGAGCUGGCGUUGGAGGUAGUAAGUCAUGCUAAAGGUCUUCCUUUAGCAUUGAGAUUGUGGGGGAUUUGGUUACAUAAUCAAGAUACAAUUAUGUGGAGAGAAAGUGUAGACAUGAUAAAGAGAGAAUCUAGUCCAGACAUUGUUCGAAACCUCAAAAUAAGUUUUGAAGGGUUGCAAGAUAAAGAGAAAACGAUAUUUCUAGAUAUCGCAUGCUUCUUUAGAGGGAUGAGUAAAAAUGAGACCAUUGAAAUUCUUGAGAGCUAUGAUUUGGGCGCUCGUAUCAAAUUGCAUGGUCUAAUUGAGAAAUCCCUUGUGUUCAUAUCGAAAUAUGAUACAAUUCAAAUGCAUGACGAAAUUCAAAAAAUGGGUAGAUAUGUGGUGGAAAUGCAAAAAGAUUCCGGAAAACCUAGCAGACUAUGGAACAUUGAAGAUUUCGAAGAUGUGAUGGUCAAUAAUACUAGGACCACGACAGUGGAAGUAAUCUCGUUUACUUGUUCUAAAGAACUAUGCUUUAGCGAAGACGUAAUAAAAAAUAUGCCAAGGCUUAGGAUAUUAUGCAUACGUAAUGGGAACAUAUUUUAUUGGACACCCUCCUCCUCUCCAUCUCGCUUAAAUUCUUAUGAUGGCUCCAUUGAGUACCUGUCCAACAACUUGUGUUGGUUUGUAUGGCAUAAUUAUCCUUGGAAGUUAUUGCCAGAAAAUUUUAGUCCCAGAAGCCUUGUUUGUCUUAAUCUUCAGGGGAGUUCGUUGCAUCAUUUAUGGACUGAAACAAAGCAAUUGUCGUCUCUACGGAGGCUAGAUCUAAGUCACUCCGGAAGCCUGAAGAGAACACCCGAUUUCAGGGGGAUGCCAAAUUUGGAGUAUUUGAAUCUAGAGAAAUGUACGAGUCUCGAAGAGAUUCACGAUUCCCUGGAGUAUUGUGGAAAACUCAUCCGACUAAAUUUGUGUGACUGUAGAAGCCUUGAGAGGUUUCCAGUUAAUAUGGAAUCUCUUGAAUCUCUGAAUCUAAAUUACUGCAGAAGUUUAGAGAAAUUUCCAGAAUUCCUUGGAAUAAUGAAGACGAAGUUAGAGAUUAAGAUAUCACACUCUGGGAUAAGGGAACUGCCAUUAUCUAUCUUUGAUCUCCAACCUCAUCGUACAGAACUAGAUUUGUGUGAGAUGAAAAACCUUGUAUCUCUUCCAAGCAGCAUUUGUAAGUUGAAAGGUUUGGUGAAGCUAGAUGUGUCGUUCUGCUCAAAACUUGAAAGUUUGCCAGAAGAGAUAGGUGAUUUAGAAAACUUGGUGGAGCUUCAUGCCACCUAUACUCUAAUCUCACGACCUCCGUCUUCCAUCGUUCGCUUGAACAAUCUUGCAUUCUUGAGUUUUGGACAACCUAUAUCUGAAGAUGGAGUAUUCUUUGUAUUCCCUCAGGUGAAUGAAGGGCUGCGCUCUUUGGAAAUUCUGGAAAUCACUAACUGCAAUCUAAUAAUUCCGGAAGACAUUGGAUCCUUACCCUCUUUGGAAGUGUUGAAUCUCAGGGGAAAUAAUUUUGAGCAUUUCCCUCAAAGCAUAUCCCAGCUUGGUGCUCUUCAAACCUUGGACUUAACAGAUUGUAAGAGGCUUACACAGCUGCCAGAAUUUCCACAGCAAUUACAUACAAUAAAUGCAGAUUGGAGCAAUGAUUCAAUCUGUAAUUCGUUGUUUCAGAAUAUCUCAGUAUUGCAGCAUGACAUCUUUGUUUCAGAUUCCUUGUCACUAAGAGUUUUUACGAGUUGGCCGGAGAAUAUCCCAAGUUGGUUUUACUAUCAGGGAAUGGGUUCACGUGUAUCAGUCAAUCUGCCUAAGAAUUGGUAUGUAUCGGAUAAGUUCUUGGGAUUGGCUGUAUGUUACUCUGGCAAAUUUAUUGAUGACAUCACAUCUCAUUGGAUUCCCUUAUGUGAUGAUGGGAUGUCGUCGUUGUUGAUGACCCAAAAACUUGCCUUGUCCAAUUAUUCAGAAGAUUUUGAGGAAGAUAGUAUUAAUUUUUUGUUGGUACCUCUUGUUGGCUUAUGGGAUGCAUCUAAUGCAAAUGGAAAAACACCAAAUGACUAUGACAUUAUUAGUUUAGUUUUUGGAGAAGAGAAGGAACAUGGAGUUCGUUUGUUGUAUAAAGAUGAAGCUGAGCUUCACAUUGGGAUAAAGAAGAGCAGAUAUGAAGAAGAGGCCAGUUGCUCCUCUUCUAAGAAACAAAGGCCAUUCUUGCAGCUCUUUCCUACAAGCCCGGGAUUAUAGAUUAAAUAUAGCUAGGUAUAUAACUCAUGAAAUUGUGUUCUCUGUUUAUAUAUAAAUUAUUUCUUCUUAUUCUUUUCCCUAUUGGCAAUGGGUGAUGUACAUAUCAGCAGUGAGUUUGAUUCUCCUCUUAAUGGUUCUAACAAAUAUUAUUUUGUUUAUUUUUUAAUCUCAGAAUUGUAGUUGUGUGA